AUGAAGAUAAACACGGGCACUUUCUGGGCCCUCAUCCCAAGCUAUAUUUCUCUGGCAGCAGCAGCAUCAUCAUCAUGCUAUGCACCGGAUGGCUCACAAGUGGACAGCUCCAUAUACCAGCCAUGCGUCUCCAUCUCGGGUGUACAUUCGAUGUGCUGUAAACUCAAUGAUGCGGAUCCAGAUACGUGUGAUCCCUCGGGACUUUGUCAGACAAGUGGAGGAACAUACUAUCGGGAGUUCUGCACAGAUCAAUCGUGGAAUUCGACGAAUUGUUUACCGAAGGACAUCUGUGGUAAUCAGAGACAGAAUGGAGGAAACUCCGACUGGACCUACCAACUGACCAACUGCGGCGACGGAUCCUGGUGCUGCGGCAGUACCACUGCCUGCUGCAACACAUACGAGACAUUUACCCUUGAUUCAACACUCCUCAAAUUUUCUUCUAAUGACGAUUCGAAUUCUAACUCUAACUCCGGCUCUAGCUCCAACUCCAAGUCUGGUUCCGACUCCAAUUCCGCCUCCGAUGGUUCUUCUACCUCUGCACCCACAACAACAGGAACUGGAUCCCCAUUGGGUGACGGUAGCAGCGGCGUCAACAGCGAACCGGAUCAAUCCGAUUCUGAAAAAUCGAAGAGGCUCGCGAUCGGACUCGGUGUUGGACUACCAUUGGCAUGCAUAGCCGUGGCUAUGCUUGGGGCUGGAUAUGUCUGGGGCAGAAGGGAUAUGAAGGAGUUGCAGCCGAAGUUCCAACCUCGUAUUAUAAAUCUUCCGCUGGAAAAGCCAAAGGGUGAGAUAGGGUGCCCGCGCCCGGCGGAUGAUGAUUCGAGCGUGUCUCAUUGUUUGGAGAUAGUGCGGAGCCCAUAG